AUGGCGAGCGUCAAGGGCGGGGACUCGGCCAAGGCGAAGGCGGCGGGUCGAGGUGGGCCGGGGAUGCCGGUGGCGGAGGUGGAGCAGGUGUUCCGGCGCUACGACGCCAACGGCGACGGCAAGAUCUCGGCGGAGGAGCUGGCGUCCGUGCUGCGGGCGCUGGGCGCGCCGCCGGCGCCCGGGGAGGUGCGGCGCAUGAUGGACGAGAUGGACUCCGACCGCGACGGCUUCGUGGACCUCGCCGAGUUCGUCGCCUUCCACUGCAGCAACGGGGAGGAGGAGGAGGGGGAGGGCAGGGAGGACGCCACCGAGGCCGAGCUGCGGGAGGCGUUCCGCAUGUACGACGCCGACCGCAACGGGCUGAUCUCCGCGCGGGAGCUCCACCGCGUCCUGCGCCAGCUCGGGGACAAGUGCUCCGUCGCAGACUGCUCCCGGAUGAUCCGCUCCGUCGACGCAGACGGCGACGGCAGUGUCAACUUCGACGAGUUCAAGAAGAUGAUGGGCGCCGGCGCUGGAGGCAGGCGCUAG